UGUUCUUUGAUGGACUGCAGUUCUCCGAUCCAUCAAUGACGACAGAGGUUGCACUUGAAUCUUUGUUUUCUUCAAUCGAAGACGAGCUCUUUAUCGAGUACCAUACUCAGUCAACGACCACAGAGGUUCCAGUACUUGAUGGCGAGCCGGACCUGGACUACUAUUAUGAUGAAUCAAUGAUGACAAUGGUUCCGUGGGGUUGUCGGUUUGUUCCGACGGAUGAGGACCUGAUUCUCCACUACCUCUCCAACAAGGCAAAAGGAGAGGCGUUACCUUGUCAAGGUAUCACCGACUGUGAAAUCUAUGGUGAUGAAGACAAGGAGCCAUGGAAGAUUUUCGGUCGGACCUCAGCCGAAAAGUUCUACGUGUUCAUCAAGCUGAAGAAGAAGGGUAAGGGAAAAAGGAUAGAACGAAGAGCUGGUCGUGGGACAUGGAAAGGUCAGAGAACCGAUCCUGUAAUAGAUUCUGAGCAUAACCCUAUAGGUUUCAAGAAACUGUUCGUCUUUGAAAUUAAAGAUGAGGAUUCCAACAAUGUCAAGCGAUGUCAUGGACAUUGGUUGAUGUAUGAGUACUCACUUCCUACCGAAAGUGAUUAUGUACCGUGUGCCAUACGCAACAAACAUGCAACAACAAAACCGGCGUAGAGGCAGCAUUGGUACCUGAAACAAGAGUUUGUUGUUAAAGUUACUUGCAGCAAAGGAGGGGACAAGUUGGUGUCAGUACUGAAGGGGUAUUUGAUGAACUGGGUCUUAAUGUUGUUCAAGCAAGAGCAACCAUUUCUUUUAUAUAGAAGCCAUUGUAGUAGCUUGAGACCA